AUGGAAAAUGACGGUAAUCGAACAUUAUUUCAUGAUUUAAAUUAUGUGUUUGGAACUAUUGGAACUGUUUUAUGGGGAUUUCAACUACUACCUCAAGUCCACAAGAAUUGGCGUAAUGGAUCAACUAAAGGAAUAGACAUGCUUGGAGCUGCUUUUUCUGCAACAAGUUUAGGUGAAUAA